AUGACCUUUUCAAACCACUACCGAAAUUCCUCGCCGAGUGGUGGGCGACACCAUGUGGCUGGUCCACGGGCGUCCACCGGUAUGGUCCAACUCGGCUCAUCAGUCGAUCCUUAUGAGCAGCCCCGUCACUUUUACAACUACGAUGACUAUCCAUCCGAUGCAGGUUAUGCCAGCACUGCAUAUAAACACUAUCCGAUGCGACGAUCCCCGGUAGAGGCCCGACCGGUCAGCACCUCAAAAAUUCACGAUCACGGUCAUUCUGCAAAAAGGCGAACGGAGUAUACGAUCGAACCACAAUCACAACCCUCACUGUCACAAUCACAACAACGACACAGAAGCAGAAGUAACACGGCAUCCGCGGUUGACAUAUAUCAAAAUCCAGCGCGUCUCUCAGUGCCCAGCCAUCAUGGUUCUGGCUAUGGCCAGCCUCAUAGUCCUGUUGCAACCAGCUCGGGUCAGUAUCUGGCACCUGGCUCUCACCACGGCUCACGACACCGCAGGGUGUAUAGUAACAAUGACUAUGCAAGUGACACCGGUCGCUUGGACUCGCAUGAUCAUGCCAAGCAUCGGUCAAGCCGCCAUAGAUCUCAUCGUGAUGCCCCACCCAGCUCGCGGCGGCGACAUCCAGACUAUGAGAGCAUCAAGAAGGGGGAAGAUAUUGAUAGAUAUGAUGCCUACUCUUAUACAACGCCCCGGGAACAAUUUGACCGGGACUACCCUGUUCGCCCCCGUCGCCAUGUGGCCAGGACCUCGCUCGAUCGACCUGUGAGCAUGACAGUCAUGGAAGAUCAUCCUCAGUGGUUGUCUCGCAAAGACAGAUCCCACGGCCCUCCUCCAACUUCUCGAGGAUUCGACAAACUCGAUCAGGAAGGCCGACCACGCUCUACUCGUGGCAACGAUGAUUAUCAUCACCGUGAGACAUCCAGAUCAAGAGGGGGCAACGAUCGUUCACUAGUUGUGAUGCCUCACGACUCUGACGAUGGUUACGAAUCCUACGGAGAUCAUCGCCGUCACCGUCGUCACCGUGAACAUCGAUCACAUCACGAAAGCGACCGACGUCAUCGUGAAGAUCGCUCACCUCGUCCCCAUGAUAAUGGAGCCAACGAUCGUGCACUGGUGGGAUUGGGUACCGCAGCUCUAGGCAAUGGAUACUCGGAUAUUUCAGACUACGAUCGCCGCCAGGCGUCGCGGCAGCAUAGACGCUCUCGUGACCCGGAGCGCGACUACGAUGCAACGCAAUCUACAUCCCGCGAACUGAUUGAAAGACCUUUGCCGAGCUCCGAUACAAACAAGCAGAUUUACCUUGAGCCCGUUGACCCCCGUAUGCGUCAUCGCAGCCGGUCUCGCAGACAUUCGCGACGGCGACGUGACAAUGAAUCAGACGGUCUAACGGACGACGACGAUCUCCGUAGAUAUCAGCGUGAACCAUCUGCAAGCCCCCGGCACAGGCACAGCAGCGAGGAUACUAGCGAGGAUAAUCAUCCCGCAAGUAGACACCGUCCUCCACGCCAGCGAUCGACUGUCCGUUCGCCCAGCAGAUCUCGAUCUCCCUCUAACGAUAGCAAGGAUGGCGGAAAGAAGGUCGUUGCAGUUGACCCUCCUGCUCAAAAGGAGCCUGAGCUUGUACCGAAGGGUAUCUUGAAGAAACCCCGACCGGCGUUCCCCGAGGAACCUAACCCAGUGAGAGAGGGUGUAGCUCCCCUCAAGGAUGCCGAAAAGAAUGGUAUUCCACCUGGUGCUCGGUGGACUAAGAUCGAUCGCAGACUGGUGAACCCGGGGGCAUUGAGAUUGGCUGGUGAACGGUUCGAGGAGAGAGAGGAAUAUGUGAUUGUAUUGAAGGUGUUGUCGAAGGAAGAGAUUCAACAGCUUGCUGUGGCAACACAGGCUAUUCGAGAUGCACGCCAAAAGGAGUCCACACGGGACAGGCGUGAACGACGAGAUAAAAGCCAGCGUGAUGGCCACCAUGGCGACUCCACGUCAAGCGACGAUGAAUUUGAAGACGAUGAAGAUCAUAGACGCGAGCCCCUACAGAUUGAGGCACCGCCGGCCUCCAGGCAAUCACCUCAAAACUCGACAUUGCCAGAGCGUCCUCGGGUGUCGAGUCACUCUUUGCAUGGUAACGAGAAGGCAAGAGUGAACCAAUCCACUGCGCAGGCGUAG